CCUUCCUCCUCGCUUCGCCUCCCAUUCCCAUUUCCCCACACCUCCGCAAUAUAUUCCCCCCACGCCUUACUUAAUUAAUCCGCCAAACACCGAGUGAACCACGCCACCACACGCAGCGAGCGAGCGCCCAAAGAAACGCCGUAGCAGCCACCACCACCACCAACCCCUUCCUCCCUUUCCCUCUCCGCCGCCCGCCUCUCUACAAGAACCCUCACCCGACCGCCGAUAACUACCUAGCUCCCACCUCGCUCCUCGACUCCGUCUUCUCUAUUCUUCCAUUUAGCGGAGAUCCUAGAACCUAGGGGCAGCCAGCCAGGGGGAACGGGCCGCGAUGGGAGGAAGGGGCGCGAUGCUCGCUGUGGUGUUGGUGGUUCUUGCGGCGGUUGGCGCCGCGGCGGAAUCGAUGGAGGCGGCAGCCAAGGGGAGGUACCACGCGCUCUUCAACUUUGGGGACUCGCUAGCCGACGCUGGCAACCUCAUCCAGAACGGCACCCCGGAGAUCCUGGCCACCGCGCGCCUGCCCUACGGCCAGACCUACUUCGGAAAGCCCACCGGCCGCUGCUCCGAUGGACGUCUCGUCAUCGACCACCUCGCGCAAGAGUUCGGCCUGCCGCUGCUGCCGCCGUCCAAGGCCAAGAACGCCAGCUUCGCGCACGGCGCCAACUUCGCCAUCACCGGCGCCACCGCGCUCGACACGCCCUACUUCGAGGCCAAGGGGCUCGGUGCCGUCAUCUGGAACUCCGGAGCGCUCAUGACCCAAAUCCAGUGGUUCCGUGAUCUCAAGCCUUUCUUCUGCAACACCACGGAGGCAUGCAAGAAAUUCUUUGCGAAGGCGCUGUUUGUGGUGGGUGAGUUUGGAGGCAACGACUACAAUGCUCCCCUCUUUGCGGGCAUGGGCAUCCCUGAGGCCUACAAAUUCAUGCCCGAUGUCAUACAGGGCAUCUCUGACGGUAUUGAGGCACUGAUUGCUGAGGGGGCUGUUGAGAUGAUUGUGCCUGGUGUCAUGCCCACGGGCUGCUUCCCAGUUUACUUGAACAUGCUUGAUGAGCCCAAAGAAGGAUACGGCCCCCACAGUGGUUGUGUCCGCCGGUACAACACAUUCUCCUGGGUGCACAAUGCACAUCUUAAGGCCAUGCUUGAGAAGCUCCGGGCUAAGCACCCCAAUGUGAGGAUCAUAUAUGGCGAUUACUACACUCCAGUCGUCCAGUUCAUGCUUCAGCCUGAGAAGUUUGGUUUUGCCAGACAACUGCCCAGGGCAUGUUGUGGGGCGCCAUCGACUCCUGAGAGAGCAGCUUACAACUUCAAUGUCACGGCCAAAUGCGGUGAGCCUGGUGCAACUGCCUGUGCUGAUCCGACAACCCAUUGGAGCUGGGACGGCAUUCACCUGACGGAGGCUGCCUACCGCCAUAUCGCCAAAGGCUGGCUAUACGGGCCUUUCGCGGACCAACCGAUCAUCCAAUCCUCAUGAUCAUGCCGUUCCUGCGGUAGAGUUUAUCAAAGUAGCAUUGAGAGUGAGAGAAAAAAAAUGGAGCGGGGAAAGUAGGUCUUCCAUACAGUUCCAAUGCUUGCAUACUUGUACAUCUCCAUUUGAUUGUAUUCAUUUGCCAUGGGGGUACAAAGGUGGGAUAGUAGGUCGCACAAAGGCCUGAUUUCUUGAUUUGUCAGGUUGGGGGGUAUAAAUAUGAAAGUUGUUACGCACAGAUAAUCAUGUAUAUUGUGUCCCGGAAAUGUGUUACAGAUUCUGCUCG